AUGAACGCAAAAUCGCGGACUUCGGGAAGGAGAUGCUUUACCCGUGGGGGAAAACGCAUCGUCGUCCUCGCUGAAGACGAGGGUGAAGCGAAAAGAAGAAUCGGUUUUAAUGCGCUCAAUAAUAUCAGCACAAAACGAGAUAAAACGAGAGCACGCGCGUUUGCAGAAGAAGAAGAAAAAGGAGGAGAUCCUUCGACGACGACGACGACGAUUCCAACAGAAACAACAACGAAAGAAGAAGAAGAAGGAGGAGGAAAGAACACGAGGGGUAAAGCGACGAGUAAAGGCGCGACGCCUUUGCUCGUGGUGGACAUGGAAAAAGGCACGGUGAAACUGGCGAAAAACCGAAGACGAGACAAGGCGAAACUGCAAGGCGCUUUGGCGUUGGCGGUGAAACGGUCGGAGGUGAAACUCGCGGACAUGGGGUCGGCGAAAAUAGGUCCUUUGGAGGAGGACGAUUGCAUGGACGCGACGAACUUAGUGAUGGAUUUAUUCUUUAAGGUGAGACCGCAAGAUUUCUUAGCGAGGAAAAGGUUGGCGAAGGCACAAUCGGAUCGAGUGUACGCGGGGUUAUUGGACGGGGUGCAGAAUGCGACGGACAGAGUUUUAAUAGCGGCAAAAGUUGGAUCGAAUUUAGUCGGCAUCGCGGAGGUGUCGUUGCCGAACGGGAAGCGGUUCGGCGCGGAGAACUACCGACCGAAAGCACCGGCGGAUAAACCGUAUUUAUCGGACGUCGCCGUCGCUACAACGCAGAGAGGGCGAGGGAUCGGUAAAGCUUUGGUGUUAGCCGCGGAAGAGACGAUGAGAGAGAUGGGUGAGACGACGAUGUAUACGCACACGAAAGUGGAUAAUAAAGGCGCGCAAAAAUUAUUCGAGAAGUGCGGGUACGCGGAGCCAGAGUGGGCGAAAAAAGGGUUGACGCAAGCGCAGAUCGCGCAAAGGAGUACCGAAUGGAAUCCGUUCGCCGCGGUUGGCCUGGUUGAGGUGGGGCAUUUUAUGCUCGAAAAGCCACUAGGACAAUAA